AUGUCAACAUUUAUAAAUGAUGGUAACUUAUUCUUAUUUCUAGACUUCUGCAUAGUUGAUGACCUGGUGGAGAAGAGCCAGGAAAACCAAGAACAGCAUUUGUGGAAAGUUGAUUUUGUCAACAGCAAAACACUAACUAAGGAAAGAAAUAGUGUAUUAGGAAAAACAUUUUAUCUGGACACAAAUCCUGUUCUAUUAAGAAAAAUACCUGGUAACUAUGACUCAUAUGGAAUGAGUUUGAAUUAUAUUUCAGAAUUAAUUAUUAGCAAUAGAAACUCCUUGGUAAGGAAGCCUGAUGAAUUUAAGGCACAUGGGAAAUUUCUCCUUUGUAGGAAGCAUGAGAAUCCUCAUGUCAGAGAGAAACCGUUUGAACAUGAUAGAAAUGGGAAAGCCAUCAGUCAGAAUGAGGACCUAUUUCAGCAUCAGGACAUUCAAACUCUGAAGCAGUUUUUUGAGUAUAGUGAGCGUGGGAAAGCUUUCCACGAGGAGGCAGUCUUCGUUACCCAAAAGAGAGUGUGCUCAUGGGAGAAGCCCCGUGAAUAUAAUGAACAUGUGAAAGCCUUUUCUGAUAGACCAAUGUUCGUUGUUCAUCAGCAAACUCAUACGAGGGAGAAUCACUAUGAGUUUAAAGACUGUGGGAGGAGGUGUGUUGGUGAGAUGCCAACUCUAAAUAAACACCACAGGGUUAUCAUGGAAAAGAAAUACUGUGAGUGUAAUGAGAGUGAGAAUAGUUUUGUCAAGAAGGCAUUCCUCACUCACACUUAA